CACAACAGGAAGUAAAACAUCAACAAUAGUCACUUGUGGAGAAACUUUGCCGCUACCGCAGAGAAACACGUUUAUGUGUCAUAUAUACUCUCGUAACUGAUAGAAUUUUAAUGUUCAGUUUUACUUUAUGUCUCCGACUGACUUCCGGUGUCGACGGAGUCACGCCUGCCUGACUUGUUGACAUGCUAACUGUAGCCUAGCCGCCUAGCUGGUUACAGCCCGGUCAUAUGAGCAGUUCAUGGAGGGCUCAUGGUUCAACACUCGUCACUAGCGUCGGCCGUCGCUUCGAUGUGGGCGAGUUGAUGACGGUUGCGUCCGACCGAACGCUGCUGUAUCUGUCGUGAAGCGACGUUAGGGGACUAGUGUAAGUGCAGUUUCCUUCUCGUAUGUCCACGCCAACAUGCCUUGUUCCUGUGGGAACUGGAGGAGAUGGAUUCGCCCGCUGGUGGUUCUCCUCUACCUUCUCAUGUUGAUUGUCGUCCUGGUGCUGUGCGUCUGGGAACUCCAGAAGUCCGAGGUCGGCACUCACAGCAAAGCAUGGUUCAUCGCAGGGAUAUUUGUCUUCAUGACCAUACCCAUCUCCUUAUGGGGAAUUCUCCAGCAUCUAGUUCACUACACGCAGCCGGAACUCCAAAAGCCAAUCAUCAGAAUUUUAUGGAUGGUGCCGAUCUACAGCUUGGACAGUUGGAUCGCUCUCAAAUACCCAAGCAUAGCCAUCUACGUGGACACGUGCAGAGAGUGUUAUGAAGCCUAUGUCAUCUACAACUUCAUGACCUUCCUGCUUAACUACCUGGAAAACCAGUAUCCAAACCUGGUGAUGAUGCUGGAAGUGCAGGAGCAGCAGAAGCAUCUGCCUCCCCUUUGCUUCUGCCCACCCUGGCCCAUGGGAGAGGUCCUGCUGUUGAGGUGCAAGCUGGGGGUGUUGCAGUACACGGUUGUGCGGCCGGUGACCACAGUAAUCGCGCUGAUCUGCCAGCUGUGCGGCGUCUACGACGAAGGCAACUUCAGCUCCAAAAAUGCCUGGACCUAUUUGGUCAUCUUCAACAACAUGUCUCAGCUGUUUGCCAUGUACUGCCUGGUGCUGUUCUACAGAGCUCUGAGGGAGGAACUGAGUCCGAUCAAACCUGUGGGCAAGUUCCUUUGUGUCAAGAUGGUUGUUUUCGUCUCCUUCUGGCAAGCUGUGUUCAUCGCUCUGCUGGUGAAAGUGGGGGUGAUCUCCGAGGAGCGCACGUGGGACUGGCAGAGCGUGGAGGCUGUGGCCACCGGCUUGCAGGAUUUUGUGAUUUGCGUGGAGAUGUUUCUGGCCGCCAUUGCGCAUCACUUCAGCUUCACCUACAAGCCCUACAUCCAGGAGGCAGAAGAGGUGUCCUGCUUCGACUCGUUCAUGGCGAUGUGGGACAUCUCCGACGUGCGAGCGGACAUCAGCGAGCAGGUCCGCAACGUCGGUCGCACUGUGAUGGGUCGCCCGAGGAAGAGCUAUUUCGGUGAAGCGCAGGACGACAGCGAGCGGUCCGGCCUCCUCUCGUCGAGUUCACAGAACGCUAUCAGUGACUCGGUCAACCAGCCGGGGUCCCCUCGAGGUCAGUACCAGGGCAUGGGCAGAACAAUGACCCCGCACUCCUUAUCCGCUCCCGCUGGGUUCACCUCCGCACCCUGGGACGAGGGGCACGAAGCCAAGCCCGAUGAAACCCAGGAGGCGGAGGAGGAGAGGACCGACAAACCAGGUGCCGAAGAUCUCGCCGUCAUCACCUAACAGAAGCUGACCACGACAACUGGCUUUGACUUUCCCAACACGUGGAUGGUUGUAAAGCUCACUCUAGUGACGCCUCUGGAUUCCCGAACGGACCUCUUGAAGACAGCUGCAGGAAUGUCGUGUGAUGUGGUGGAACUAACCGAUGGUCAUGUUCAAGUUAAGAGCACAACACUUUCUCAAAAAUAAUCCCAGCGAUGUCAGGUGGGGGAAAAAAAACAGUAGCCCAGAGAUGCCCGUACGCUCCGCUGCCUUAGAGUCAGUGAGUAUUUUGUGUGUUUUGGAAGGGCACCCCAACACCUCACUGCAUCUCAGACAGCGAGUCUAUCACUUUAAGAUCAUAAGUAAAGCUAUAGAGAGAAGUCACAGUCAUGGCUGGACUUACCAAGUACUCAUCUGUCAAUUUGAGUUCAUUUUGAUUUCUUUGUUCCUUUUUUAUUUGUUGACAUUUUAAAUUCUGUGCUGACAAGAGUAAGGCAAGCCGCCAUUUUAGCUCGAUUUAUUGUGCUUUUCGGGGUGACAGCGCCCCAAGAACAGCAAGGUAACUGCUUUUGUUUUAAGAGACUUUCGUACGUCGGUUAAAAAUGUAAAUGUGUUGACAAACGCGACUCUAAAUGGGCACAAGCAAUGACAAAACAAAGACUUCCACUGGAAACUUAAGUCUUUAGAGCAUGUCCAUUUGAAAUAUCCAACUGUUUUUCAGACUUCAGGCCUAUAUAUAUCCAGUGUUAGUAUCCAAAGGGGCCAGAGUAAAGCAACUGAAUGAACACGUUUCUGGGACUAAAAACAGCGAUCGUCGUAUCAUUUUAACAUGAAGUGAAUCACGUGUUUAUCAAACAAUCGUCACCAGUGUAGAAUUCAUGCCUUCAGUGUAUCACCACCUACUGACACCUGCCUUCAUCUGCGUGUGACACAACCAAACUGGCCUCCUGUGCUUCAUCAUCUGGUGUCUGUACUGAGGUGUUGGAUGUGAAGGCAGCAGUGGACCCUGACGUCUUUUGAUCGGUUGCCUUAUGUGACUAUUUUUAUAAAAAAAGUAAGACAAAAUAUGUUGUUUUUAGAAAUAAA